AUGAUGGACACGACGACGCCGUGGGAGAGCAGCGAUCCGACGCUGUCGGCGCCUUCGCAGGAUGACUUUCAGUUUCUCGAUUUGGGGAUCAAUGGCAUGGGUGACGAGGUGGGGUUUAAUUUCCAGGACUAUGCCUCGCAGCAACAGCAGAAUCAGCAACAGCAACAACAGCAGCAGCAGCAUGCGCAGAUUAUGAGACAGAGGGGCGUUGAUGCGAUGGGCUCGACAAUGGGGAAUGAGGCCGCGAUGAUGGAUCUCCAGAAGCACGGGAUGAUGCAGAACCACAUGCCAAUUACGACGAGCGCGACCAUGUCAGCGAUGACCCAGCCCUCGCCGGUGAUCACGCAGAACGCAGCGGCGCCGGACAACAGCCUCGUCGAGAUCGAUGCGCAGAUCCAGUACCUCCAGUUGCAGCGCCAGCAGCAGCAGCAGCGCAUUGUGCAGGAGCAGCAUCAGAAUUACUAUGUCCCACACAACAAUCGUGUUGUGCCGCCCACCCCGAAUAGCAUUGAGAUGCACAGUGGGGAGAGGCAGCUGUAUCAUCAGCAGCACGAUUCGCAGCAGCAGGCGAUGUUUGAUUCUUAUCAGAUGCGCCUGAGGGAGCAGGAGCUCGCAUUCACACCCCUCGUUUCCCCCGCCGUCACCCCAUUGGAAACUCACUUCAGCCUCCCAGAGUACACCAUCCCAGGCGCCUACUUCAGCCCCCUCAGCUCCCCCGCCCUGCACGCCCACACCGAGUACAGCUCCAUGUACUCGACCUCCCGUGCCGAGGCCUCCGCCUCCUCCCCCUCAGACAUGAACAUCGACCUCCUCCCCCCGCCCGCCAACUCCACCGGCCCAGGACGCAAGCACUCCAUCGCGGGGGGCCGGAAACCCGCCAAGCCGCGUGCUACGCGGGCAGUCCGCCAGUCCCCCGUCGUCAAGGCGCAGAGAAGGAAAAUGACAAGCACCACGAUAUCAGCCGAGACGCUGUCUGAGCUCGUCGAGCCAGCGCUGGCAGCGAGGCGCGCGUCGACGAACUCGCCAUCGCAGCCUCAGCCACGAGAUUCCUCAUCGGAGAAUAACUCCAUCUCCCCCGAGCAUCUCUCCGACAUGGCCCCCCCUCCCCUCCCCUCCUCCAACUCCGUCAGGAAAUCCCCCUACCUCACGGCGCAAAACAGCCAUCCGCGCGUGCAACAAAUCAUCUCCGGCACCGCAGCAAUGUCCCCCGCCACCCCGGCAUCCCUAAUGCGCAUCCCGCGCAACAAGGAGACCAUGGCCUCACCAUCACUCAGCGUGCACGCCGAGCAGGGCGACGACCAGCUAAUGGAAGAUUUCGUCCUCCCCGAAGCCGCGAAUCCGCACGCCGAACCCCCUAUGGCCGCUACACUCGAAAAUAACAACAACGCCAGUGCCGCCGCAUCCCUCCCCACCCCCGACCUCUCCCGCACGCCGUCCUUCAAACCCCUCAACGACCGCGAUACGACUUCCACCUCAAAUACCACCAACAAAAACCCCACGCCCUCCCCGCAAAUAAAACCUCAACCCCCAACGCCAAACCCAACAUCCAACCCCCCCCCCGCAAAACUCCCAAACUCGCCGCCCGCGGCUCAGCACCGCGCCCACCAUCCGUGCACGCCUCCCCCGCGCUGCUCCCGCGCAUCUCGCCCAGCCUGA